GCAAAACCUGGGUUUCAAGUCGGCACAACACUUGGACUGGAUAUCUCCCUCGCGCCUCUUCCUCUUCGGAUUUUCAUCCUCUUCCCGCCCACUCUGUAUUUCAUUCUCUCCCACAGUCGUCUCUUUUUCUCUCUUAUUCAAACUUCUCACAACCCUCGUGGACGGAACCAGCGGACGGCAUCUAAUCACCGAAGCGUUCGGGAGUUUCUCCCCCUGGAUUCUACCUCCUCUCCACCUUCUCUGUUCGAUGGAACAACGAGGCUGUAUAUAUCUUACACAUGCCCAUAUGCCCAGCGAGUGUGGAUUACUAUGAAUUGCAAGGGAUUGCAGGAGAAGAUACAACUGAUUCCUAUUGAUUUACAGAAUAGGCCUGCUUGGUACAAGGAGAAGGUCUACCCAGCAAAUGAGGUGCCAUCAUUGGAACAUAAUAAUGAAGUCAGAGGAGAGAGUCUCGAUUUGAUUAAAUACAUAGACAGUCACUUCGGAGGACAUCCACUUUUUACUAAUGUGAUAUUGAGAUCUGUAUCAGAAACUGCACUUGAUUACAUAGAAACUGCUGUUUCCAAAUACAAAGAUGGGCCUUUCUUCCUUGGACAGCUCAGUCUGGUGGACAUAGCCUAUGCUCCAUUUAUUGAAAGAUUUCAGCCCUUCUUGUUGGAAGUAAAGAAGUAUGACAUCGCAUUUGGAAGGCCUAAACUAGCAAUGUGGAUAGAGGCGAAAAUUUAUUCUUUGAGUUAGUUGGAUUCACACUACUAGAAUGGCUUAGUUGCUUUGUUUCUGUUGUGCAUCUACUAGUUGGAGUAGGGUACUUUCUUGUAAGAUGGGCUAUUGGCCUGCCAAAACAUGCUCCAAUUGAUAAGGAUCUCUUAGCACUCUUCGUGCCGGUUGCUUUCUGCCAUGCCCUUGGACAUGUAAUGUCAAAUGUCUCAUUUGCAGCUGUUGCUGUUUCUUGUACACACAAUCAAAGCGCUAGAGCCCUUUUCAAUGCUGUUGCUUCACAGUUAAUUUUAGGCCACCGGAUUCCAUUAGCCUUAUGGCUAUCAUUGGCCCCUGUUGUUAUUGGUGUAUCUAUGGCAUUGUUGACUGAACUUUCUUUCAACUGGACUGGUUUCAUUAGUGCAAUGAUUUCCAACAUUGCAUUCACCUACAGAAGUAUCUAUUCAAAGAAAGCAAUGGCCAGGGUUAUAUAUGGAUGAUCCACAAAACACCUGGAAGUGAUAUAUGGGAACUUGCAAUGAGAAGCAAGCAAUUGUGGGAAGUACUGGCAGAUAGUAUACAACAUCAGGGCAUGAGUCCAUUAGAAAUAUUGGGUUGGAAGAAAACAGUCUGAAGGGUUUUCAUUAGGCUUUCAACAUCCAUCUUCAAGCCUUUGGUUGGAGGUCAUUUGAAGGCUGUUUUGAUCAGCACAAAACAGCACAGUUUUUUCAAGAGAAAUCACAUAACAGUACUUAUGGCAAUGUUUAUCUGGGCUCCAUGGCCACUUAAUUGGUUAUCCAUGGAUUUGAAGGAUUGGUUUCAAUGUGAAGCCUUUAUUUUCUGUUUUUUAGGAGAUAGCAAAUCUUUUUUGUGGAUAUUCAGUGGGCAUCCUAGUCAAGUUACACUAAAACUGUAAGGAUCUUCGAGCACCUCUCCAUGUAUGACAUUUUCCAUAAUUGGCAAUUGGCGGCUGUGUCCUCUUCAGGUAAACAGUGAUUGGGCCCAAAAUGUGGCAAGAUACAGAACUAAUUUAGAACAAUGGGCACAUGGAGCCGGAAUAAAAAUGGCGAGAUGCCAACUUUAUGUAAAUUGAACAGCCUAAAAAGACAAGGGAAAGACCAAACACUGCAAUUGCUUUAUCCACCUGAGCAACGAAAAAACCAAGAUGUUCGUGGAAGCAAGGCAUUUUUCAUGUUCUUGGAUUGAGAGAGGAGAUUUGCAAAAGGGAAAACUUGGUUUGGCAAAGGUAGUUGGUAGUAUCUAUCUGAUGACGACGAAGCCUAGACGACGAGUGGUUUCCAUCAGCUUCAAGACUUCUGAGUUCGAAACAAACUUGACUGAAUCAGAGAGGAGCAGGGGAGCUGGGAUGAGAGUUACAUGAAGAGCUGAACUCGACUGGAAAGUCUCUCCCGGAGAUGAGAAGGAAUCCCGAAAGGUUCUUACAACCUAGAAGAUUUACAGUCAAUAGAAGGUCUGUGACUGCGCAUUCAAGUACAGGAGAAUAGAUGGGGUCGGUUCAUCAAGUCAGUGCAUUUCAGAGGAGGAGAAAAGCUCCGGUUGAGCAAUCUUCCAGGAGGCCUUAACCGUUCUUGAUCUAAGAUUGGAAGAGAAAAUCUUUUCGAAUCCAAACGAACAGGAUCCGCACUAUCAAAUCUUUUAUGACUGUUGGCCGGUCACCGGUGCAAUGGAAAUGCGCACAGACCGAAUUCCAGGUGAGGAUGGCAACUAUUGAGGUUCGGAUUUCAGGUAUUCCGAACCACACCCGUUCGGCAUCCAAUCCUUUCCCAUUUCGUAGUUUCAUUAAAUAAAACCAAUUCCGAUCUGGGUUUUCUGACCCAUACCCGUUUCCACAUCCAAUCCUUCCCUAUUUUUAGUUUUAUUAAAUAUUGUUUUAUCACUUAUUUCAUUAAAUCAAAGAAUUAGAAUUAAUGUCC